CCAGGUCUAUACCAUCGCCAUUGGCUACUCUUCUCUCGUUUCAAAUCGCAGAUUUUCGGGGCUAUACCCUAUACAGAUCCAAUCGGCCCUUGUGCUCCUCAGGAAGUGUCAUUUCACAAACGAUGUUCAAGGAUAUCAUCAAGAAUCCGUGCGCCAAAGUUGUGGCAGUGCCGACUUUGUCUGAUAACUAUGCUUACCUUCUGAUUGACCCAGUGACUAAGAAUGGACUCUGUGUCGAUCCAGCAGAACCUAAAAAGGUCAUUGAUGCCGCAAAAGACGAGGGAGUUUUACUGAAAAGUGCCCUCUGCACUCACAAACACUGGGACCAUAGCGGUGGAAACAGGGAGAUCAAGAAGUUGAUUCCUGAGAUUGAGAUUGUCGGAUCAGCCUACGAGCAAAUUCCAGCAGUCACCAAGAGUGUCCAAGAUGGCGAUGUAAUUCCCUUUGGAAGUCUGGAAAUCAAGUGCAUCAAGGCCUCUUGUCAUACCAUUGGACAGAUCAUGUACUUUGUCCACUCUCCAACUAAUCCCGACCUACAGCCAAUUCUCUUUACAGGGGACACGAUAUUCAUUGCUGGAUGCGGACGAUUCUUUGAGGGCUCCGCCAAAAUGAUGUUGGAGAUUAUGCAAAAACUAGAAGUGCUACCACCAGAAACUUUAAUUUACUGCGGUCACGAGUACACGGUCAAUAACCUCAAGUUUGCCCAGACGGUAGACGAAUCUCCAGAAGUUACAGAGAAGCUUAAAUGGGCUCAGGAUACAAGAAAACAAGGCCUACCAACAGUCCCAUCCACCCUCAAACAAGAGAGAACUUACAACCCAUUCAUGCGGACAAGUCAUUUACAGAGUGUCAUGGGACAAGACAGCAUCGAGUCCACCAUGAAGAAGCUCAGAGACCUCAAGGAUCGCUUCUAAACUUGCUCCAUAUCCCUCCGGGGAUUCAGACAGUAACUACA